AUGGCAACUACCCGCCACACCCUCCUCUUCUCCCUUCCCACUUCCCGACCACUUCACCCUCUCCCCUCUAACAUAACACGCACACUAAUCCCCACACCCUCCGGCACCCUCGAACUCCUUUCCUCCUCUCCCUCUCCCUCUAUCCCAGUCCGCAAGCAAAUCCUCUUCUUCCAACACGGCGGCUUCGGACACGCAGCCGUCUGGCUACCUUAUCUUACCUUUUUCGCGGAAAAGGGAUAUAGAUGUUAUGCGCUGAGUCUACGCGGACAUGGCGGGAGUUGGAAUCCGGGGUACUGGUCUAUGGUGUGGGGGACUUCGAGGGGGAUGUUGAGAGGGGAUUUGAGUGCGGGUGUUGCGUGGGUGAAGGCGCGAGAGGGGGUUACGGAGGAGGAUUUGGUGAUGAUUGGACAUUCGGCGGGGGGUGGGUUGGUGCAGGAUUUUCUUGGGAAGGGAGGUCGGGCUGGAGGGAUGGUGUUGGUGGGGAGUUUUCCUUGGUGGGGUGGAUUUGGAGUCUACAAAAACUGGUUCCGUCUCGACCCUUGGUUCCUACUACGCUACUACAUUCGUGAUUUCUGGCACCCCAGAUCACCGCUCUCAUCGACAACGUUGGUGAAGAGGGCGUUUUUCUGUGAUGAGUAUCCUGACGAACAGGUCAGGGAGUUUGAGCGGUGGAUGCCGGAGUUUGAGAGUAUGCUUUGGCCGUUGGGUCAGAUGUUUGCGUUUACGAGUGUUGAGGAGGUGUUGAGGGGCAUUGUGGGAUGGGGGACGGGGAAGGGAAGUAGGGUUUUGGUUGUUGCGGGGGAGAGGGAUCGGUUGAUGACGGGCGAUUUGAUGGGGGAGUUGGCGGGGGGGUAUGAGGUUGGUGUGAAGAGGAUCUUGGGGGAGGAGGGGAUGGUGAAGGGCGAUGAGGAGAAGGAGGUUGAGGUAAGGGUUUUGGAGGUUGUGAAGGGUGCAGGGCAUCAUGUGCAGAAUGAUUUGCAGUGGGUGGAUGUUCAAACACCGGUCAUCCACCUCCUCUCAUCACCUCCUCUUUCCAACUACCAUCACGCAUCUCCCUCAUUCCUCAAACCACUCUCACCACCCUCAGACCCUCUCAUCCCGGAAAUGGCUUCACUGCACCCCCUCUCCCCAAUCCUCUCAAGUCUGAUAGCUCUCCUAACCCUAAUCGGCCCCUACGCAGCGGAUUACAACGAAACGCACGUGUUCAAUCCGAACUGGACACCCCAUGCGAAGUUCCAUAAUGGACAGACUAUGAGUAUGGGGUUUUGUCUUGGGUUGAGUAUACUUUACUACACCUGGAUUGCAGCUGGCAGCGUCGAGACUGAAAAACAGAGACGCGGAAUCGUGUUGGUGCUAAGUAAUCUGUAUUGGGUCACGCAGUUAAGUGGGUUUUUGUAUCCGGGUACGCUGGGGACGGAUCCGGAGUUUGGUGAAGGAAAUCCUCAGAUCCCGCUCUGUAUCGGUGUUUUCAUCUCAAGUAGUCUGGCUUACUAUCUUGAGGGGAGGAGGAUUGAGGGGAGGUUGAGUGGGAAGGGGAAGGUGGCGUGA